AUGCGUCGAUCGGGCGUGAGGCGGAGGGGCGGUCGCCGAUGCGGUGGCGGCGAGGAGGCGUCGAGCGCGGUCGCCGAUGCGGUGGAGGGAGACGACGGUGUGGCUCUGGGUCACCGUCGGCCCGGCGCGGCGAGGCCGACCUCACGCCUGGCUGGGCGAGCUCGAUCUCUGCAUACACUGCAGCUGCUUGUUCCUCCAUCGGCAAGUACCUUUCGGUAUGAGGGGCCUGAGGUGAACAUGACAUUGGCGAGAUCAGAGGCUAAGAUACUUCAUGAGAAGAUUCACGAGAAGGCUUACAAUCAUGAUGAACUCAUCAGAAUUGUUACUACAAGAAGUAAAGCUCAGCUUAAUGCAACCCUCAAUUACUACAACAAUGAGUUUGGGAAUGCCAUCAACAAGGAUCUGAAGGCUGAUCCAAAUGAUGAAUUUCUGAAACUGCUGAGAUCAGCAAUUAAGUGCUUGACUUAUCCAGAGAAGUACUUUGAGAAGGUACUGCGUCUGGCCAUCAACAAGCUGGGAACAGAUGAAUGGGCUCUUACCAGAGUAGUCACCACUCGUGCGGAAGUUGACAUGCAGCGGAUCAAAGAACAGUACCACAAAAGGAACAGUGUUCCUCUAGAUCGGGCUAUUGCAAAUGACACAUCUGGGGACUACAAGAAGAUGCUUCUCGCUUUGGUUGGACAUGAGGAUGCUUGAGUGAGACUUGUGUCUCAGUGUUCAACGGCAGGUAAAUUUAACUGGCUGCGAGAUGUAUUGUUAUGGUUGGAGUUGAGUUGAGAGCGUCUUGUUUAAGGUUUCGUGUGCGCUCGUGAUUUAUGUUUGGGGAACUUUUUGCUGGUUUGCUAUGGUUUUAGGAUACCCAUGGAAAGGUGCAUUUAGCAUCAGUAUGGUCAUGGUAAGCUGGUGGUUUCGCACAUUUAUGGCGUGGAAUCCAACUAAUAACUGGUAAAAAGAGGACUGAGAAGUGAUUGUCGAGGAGGUUAUGUUUAUCAAUCUUAAUCAACUUGCUUGCUUAUUCUCAA